AUGUCUUCUGCAAUUAAAGAUAUUACUGACCUAUUAAACAUACAGUCUUCAAUUGAUACUGUUGAAAAUAGAAGAUCAGAAUUAAACUUACUUUUGUCAAACACUAAUUUAAAUGACCAAUCAAAUGUGCAGCAGCAUAGCCAAAUACCUAAGGAAGUAGAAAUUGCUAAUGAUAUCAUUGAUAAUUCUAAGGAUUUAGAGUCUGUGGAGCAACUAAUUGAAAAAUAUAAAGGCCAAAAUAUAACAAUUUUAACGGAUUUAAAGAAUUACUAUACAAUCCAAAAGGAAAUCAACAAUAAUGUCUCUAAAUUAGAUGAAACAAGUAAACAUAUUGGUUCGAUGAUAAAACUAAUUGAUAGUAAUGAUAGGGAUUUUUUCAAUGAAAUUGAUUUACCUUUACAGGAAUUAACUAAUAUUAGUGCCCAUUUAAAAAAAUUAACCGUCUCCAAAGGUACUGAACCAAAUAACAAAGAUCAAAAAGCCUUAAGCGUCUAUUUGAAAUUCGAUAAUAAUUUAAUUGAAAAUUUAAUGAAACAGUUGUCUUCGUGGCUUAAUGAUUAUUUAUUAUCAUCUAAAUGGGAUACUCCAAAUUUUAAUAUGAAAAAUAUAAGCCAAAUUAACAGAAUUAACAAUGCUCAUAAUAUAUUAGUCCAACUAUCAAAUUUAUACAUUUUAAAUCAUGAAAAUUCAUUUCCUACUUCAAUAACAAAUAAUUUUAAAAUUAGAUUUAUUUAUCAUUUUCAAACUUCGACAACUAAUACGAUAGACAAUAUUGAAACUUAUUUCAACUUUGUAAAAAAUUAUUUAAACGAAAAUCUUUACAAAGCAAUUAGAAUUUUCCAUAAUGCAAGUUUCAAUAUAUCCAAGGAUUUAAUUCAUAGUGAAUUCAUUAAUAAUAUCUUAAAGAUUUUAAUUGAUUUUCUUCAAAAUAAAUUAGUUCUUUAUAAGGAUAAUAAAAAAACUUUAUCGAGCUUAAUUUUUCAAAUUAUUUCCUUUGAUAACUUUCUAAUCCAUAAAUUUAAUUAUAAUGAAAAUUUAACUUUGACAUCAUUAUUACCAACAAACUUGUUAAACAUUUUUCUAAAUUAUGAAAUUGAAAAUUUUAAUAUAAAGUUUAAUAAUACAAUUUUAAAUAGGCCAAACCAUAAUAACAGUGAUGAAAGCAACCUUAGUGAAAUUAUUGUAAUAUCCAAAGAUUUUAAUAAACUAAUCCAUAAAUUUAUGUCGAGAUUUGACUUAUUUUUCAAUCUAAAUUCAAAAAAUUUAUUACAAUUUAAAUUAAUAUUAGUAUCCGAUUGUUUGAUGAACCUUUUUACCUCAUAUUUAGAGUUUUUACUAAAAAUAGAUUUUUUACCCAAUGAAAACUUUGAUACUUCAUCAUCAACAAAAAAAAAUAGACAUCAGAGUUCUACUAAUAUCAGUUCAAUUAACAAUAACUCAUCGAAUACCAGUAGAUCAAAAUUAGAUGAAUUAAAUCAAACUAUUAUUAAGUUACAGAAUGUUUCCUUAGUUUACAAAUUAAUUCAAAAUUUGUCUAAUAAUGAAACUUUAGUUAUAUUAACUGAAUUUGUUAAUACAAAUGAACAUACAAAAUAUAACUCUUUGUUACAAUCGAUUUUGAAAGAAUAUCACAUCACUAUUCAUGUUGAUAUUACACCAAUAAUCAUUAAUAGAAUUAAAAAAUUAUUGAAAGAUUCUAUGACUAAUUAUUUUAAACUAGGGAAUUAUUGGUCAACCAUUGAAGAUGGAAAUUGUUCGAAUGAAGAAAAUUUAACUACACCUGAGUUGUUAAACUCUAUUAAAUUAUUAAGAAACAUAUGGAGUGUAUUAAAUUCUAAUUAUAUUUUACCAGAUGUUAAUUUAAUAAUAAAGUCUGAAUUACUAGAUAUUAUUUUGAACUACUUCAUCGAAUCGAUAUUAAAAUUGAAUAAGUUUACUAAGAAUGGCAUUGUUCAAUUAUAUUCUGAUUUUAAAUCGUUAGUUUCCACAUUUAUAGAUUUAAGCAAUGAUAAUAAUAAUGAUGAUGAAAACAGACAGUUCAAAGAUACAACCAAACUUGUCAGCUAUCAAGUUUUCGAAGAAUUAAUAAAAUUGAUUAAUUACAGGUUUGCCCAUCAAAAAACGAACUAUACUGGAUGGACAUUAGUUAUAUUAAAAAUGGUAAUUUUGAAGACUUAA